GUAAGGUUUGUAGUAAUGGGAGGUACCAGUGACGCGGAACCACCUUCUCCCUGUGGCGCACGCGCAGAGGCAAAGUGGCGCAGCGGCAUCAGGAGCAAGGAGGAGGAGACGCGCGGUCAUCCAGGAGCUGUCUCACUGUCUGUCUGUCUCUGUCUCUGUCUGUCUGUUCCCCUCACUGUCCUCCAUUAUGUCGGGAUUCGACAGUAACCCCUUCGCGGACCCGGUGGACGUGAAUCCCUUCCAGGAUGCCUCAGUCACACAAGUCACCAGCGGGGCCACUGAAAAGGUCGGGGAGUUCAACCCAUUCUCUGCCACUGAAAUGGUAAAUCACUCAGACACGACCAUCCCCAUCUCUUCAGGCUCCUCUCAGCCUGCCAUACUACAGACCUCAGUGGAGCAGAGUGCACAAGCAGCUGCGACUGCUGCUCAAGCGAGCCUGGUCAAACAGCAGGAGGAGCUGGAGAGGAAGGCGGCUGAGCUGGAGCGGAAGGAGCAGGAGCUACAGAACAGGACGGCAGGCAGAACCAGCACUGGAAAUAAAGAAAACAACUGGCCGCCUCUGCCCAGUUUCUCCCCUGUGAAGCCCUGCUUCUAUCAGGACUUUGAGGAGGAGAUCCCUGAGGAGUACCACAGGAUCUGCAAGAGAAUGUACUACCUCUGGAUGUUCCACAGCGCCACUCUCUUCCUCAACGUGCUGGCCUGCCUGGCUUACUUCACUGUAGACUCUCAGAACGGUGUGGACUUCGGUCUGUCCAUCCUCUGGUUCAUCCUCUUCACCCCGGUGUCCUUCGUCUGCUGGUACAGGCCCGUCUACAGAGCCUUCAGGUCCGACAGCUCCUUCAGCUUCUUUUUCUUCUUUUUCGUCUUCUUCUUCCAAGUGGCGGUGUACAUCAUCCAAACCGUGGGGAUCCCCCGGUGGGGAAACAGUGGAUGGAUCGCAUCAAUCAGCAUGAUCGGCUCCAAUUUGGCUGUGGCCGUGGUCAUGAUGGUGGUCGCUGGUUUUUUCACAGUAAACUCUGUCCUGGCCGUCAUCCUACUGAAAAUGGUCCACUCUAAGUACAGAAGGACAGGAGCCAGCUUCUCCAAGGCUCAGCAGGAGUUCUCCCAAGGAGUCCUGACAAACAGAAACAUCCAGACGGCUGCAGCCGGUGCUGCCACGUCUGCUGCACAGGGAGCCUUUGGCUCUGGGUAGUCUCUUCUCUGACUAACUUACCAGACUAGCCAUGUCCCAACUUUCUUCAGUGGGUUUAUGUGAUAGGGGGCUGAUGAUUUAAUGACAAGGCUAAUGAGGGGGUCCACUUUCUCCACUUACAAACUUUUGAAGACGCUGUGGAUAAUACAGAAGAGAAGUGAGAGGUUUUGCACAUACAUGUAGUGUAACUGAAGUCUCUCAUCAGUUCAUCACAUGUUCAAACUUAAUGCUGUCAAAGUUCCGUUCAUUCAGGGAGAAGUAGGAAGUUGCAAAUUUUAUAUGAAGCUGAAUAAAAUCCUAAAAAGGAGGCAGAGUGGAUAUGACACAUUUUAUUGGCAGCAAGUCAUUUCAGUGUAACUCCUGGAAUCCAUACAACAUAUCAGACUGUCUAUGAUGCAACACUGAACAAGGCCGGGGUUUAGUGUAAAGUGCAAUUAGUGAAAUCCUUUGUUUUUUCCAAUCUGUUCCUGUUAUAAUAAGUUUCUAAGGCCUCAAAUAUAAACACAGCACAUAAGGUUUGGAUUAUUUAAAAAGUAAAUUUGACAUGAGAAUGUUUUAGCAUCAGUGAUGAUACACAUAAUAUAUGUAUACAUGUUGUUGUCAUUACAACAUCAUGCAGUGCCUUACAGGGCAUUCAGUCUAUCACCACCUUACCUUUUCUCUUUCACUGGCUGCCUUCAAAGAUGAGCAUGUUGCGUCCUGUUACAUGUUCCACUACUGAUGAACGCAGAACUUUUUUAAUGUGUAUAAUGUUGUAUUGGAUAAGCUUGUGAUUAAUGAAGGUGAAGGGGAUGAAGGUUUUUCUUACUACUGUUUUGAUCAGCUUUAGAUGAAGUGAGACAAAAAGCUCCUCUGGGUGCAAAUGAAGAAGCGGUUUGACUUUUAAUUCAUGUUGAGUUGUUAGAGACAACGUUUUUGGUCAUAGAUCUAUGCUGCGAUUUAUAUGAGAGACAUGAUGCAAGUUUAUUCAUUUAAAGUUACUAACAUAGUAUAGAUAUUAGACGUAAUUACUAAGAAAGCACAUUAAUGAGCAAGAAGAGUACAAAUUGAUUAUCCAUUGUAUCUGUAGUGAUUAUUCUGCAAACAAAGGUCAUGUGUUACUGAUUAGUCACAGAUUUUAUUUUUUACAGUAACAGUGAAUCACUUUGUUUAGGUUUGUCUUUUGGGCCUUUACACAGACGUAACCUACCAGUUUCUGUGUGUGGAUUUAAGGCUGUUUGGUAUUAGUGUGUUUUUGUCUGAUUUUGUUUGUCUUCAUUAAGAAUUUUGUUGAACGGUGAGGUUUCCCCUUCAUGAUCAAUCGUGUAAUAAUGAGUGUUGUACAUAUCGGUGACUUAUUUAAGACAAAUUUCCUGGAGGUGUAAUUGUUGGCUUCUCAGUCUUAACAUUUAAUAAACUGUUAUUUUUUCUCUUGCUUUGGAAAA